AUGUCUUUGAGUACAUCAGCAGAGCCACCCUCUAUUGAUUUGGUGGCCGUUUUGGAUCGAACCUCACGACUGUUGAGAGGAAAUAGUUCCAACAGCAAAAAAUCAAGAUCUGCUAGCUCCACAAGCAAUCAACACCUUGAAAAUGAAGAUACGACAUGUGAAGAAAAUUCCUUUUCUUUGCCCAUCUCGUCCAAAAGCAAAAUAUUGAAAAAAUAUUGCUCUUCUUUGAGACCGUCAUCAUCGGGUCAACAACAAAAUGUAGCACCAAAUGAAUCAUCAUCACCAUCAACAACAAAACUUGAUUCCAAAAUUUUAGAUUCAAUUUUUCAAUAUCAUGGAGAACGGGAUGCAGAGAAAAAUGGAAUCUAUCACGGACAAGGUCAAUUAAUUUUGCCCAUGUGUUCUUCAAAUAUUCUUCACCAUAGUAAAUCAUCAUUAGCAUCACAAUCCCUCAACAAUAGUCAAGGAUUAUUCGGUCAGAAACAAUCAUCGCAUCAGGAUUUGAGUGCUAGUAUUGGUUGUCUCACAAGUGUCACAAAGAAAACUGACAUGAAUCAUCACGAAAAUCUCAACCAACAUCAUCAACAUUUGAUGGAUGAAAUGCCACUCAUUGAAGAAGAAUUUCAUAUUGCCAUAAAUUCUCCUCAACAUUUCUACUCAAGUACAAACACCAUGAAUUAUGAAUUCAUCUAUGAAGGAAAGUUUGAAAAUGGAUUCAUGAAAGAUAGUGAAGGUAAAUUCGAGUUUAAAUACGCCGAUAGAAAGGGACCAACCUAUGUAGGCAACAUUGAGAAUAAUCGUUUCAAUGGUCACUGUAAAAUUACAUGGGACGACGGAAGCAUCUACGAAGGAGAGGUAAAGAAUGGCUUACGAGAUGGUUAUGGAAUUUACACUUCAGGAGAUUUGCUUUCAAAAUAUGAAGGUUAUUGGAAACAAGGACAACGACACGGCAAAGGAAUUAUGUAUUAUUCUGCCGAUGAAAAAUAUGAGGGCAACUUUACAAAUAAUAAGCGUGAUGGUUAUGGUGUCAUGCAUUACAAGAGUGGAAAUUAUUAUGAGGGUCAAUGGCAAGAGAACAAGAGAAGUGGAUACGGAGUCAUGCAUUGGACCACUGAUCCAUUGGAAAUUUAUGAGGGUGAAUGGCUCAAUGAUUUGCCACACGGCAAUGGAAAACAUACAUAUUUACAAGCGUCAGGAAAGAAGUGCAAUUAUUAUGAAGGAUCUUUUGUUGAAGGAAAACGAGAGGGACAAGGAACCUUUCACUAUGCCGAUGGUUCCUCAUAUUCUGGAGAGUGGUUUAAUAAUCUUAAACAUGGAGAAGGAGUGUUUUAUUAUUUAAAUGGUUCCAUUCAAAAAGGUGUAUGGAAGGAGGACAAGCUGCAUGUUCCUCAUUCUUCAGAGUCUUCAGUGAGUAGUAAUAUCAAUGUUGCGGCAGAUCGUGUAGUUCCAAAUCCAAACGCCACACAAAGUAGCUCUGGUGUGUUAACCACUCCUCUCAUUGAAUUGUACAUUAAUGACUUGUUGUUGAAAGUUGACGGAUCGUUUGAUGAACUGAACAAAAUUUAUUCGCUUGUACAGAGAAACAUUCGAAAAUUCAAAAAGAUUUUUGCCCACUAUUGUAAAUAUGGUUUAGAUCCAUUGUGUGUGAAGAAGAACAUGCAAAUUACAAAGGAAAGCUCCAUGAAUCCACGCAUUAGUAUUCAAGGCAUUCUCAAUUUGAAUGACACAUCUGAUGAAAUGACGUCCAAUGAAAUGAAAUUAUUUCUCUCAAGAGAUAAUCGAAUGACAAUGGUACAGUUCUGGAAAUUUUCGCAAGAUUUUGGAAUUCUUAGUGAAAACAUGAAUUGUGCACAAAUUGAUCGAAUUUUCAUUUUUGUGACUACUCAAUCCAGUGCGGAAAGAAACCUUAAACUUUCAAAGACUGAGAAUUCUAUUUUGCAGGAAGCUAACACUCCUAGAUUGGAUUAUUCAGUGAAACCAACAAUGAGCAAGAAACAACCUUCCGUACAAGCUACUCCCACCAUGAGAUUUAGAGAAUUUGUCGAAUCGACCAUAAGAAUUAGUGCUGAAUUGUAUAGAAACAUUCAAAAUGGCACAAGUACUGUAUGUGACAGGUUUAGAUACAUGAUAGAUGAAAAAAUUAAUUGCCAAACUUCGAUGGUUCCAAGUGAGCUUGUGUCCGCACGAUCAACAAGCAAUGAGAGUGUGACCUCCAAAGCAACUUCACAAGCUCUACCUGCCACCACCGUGACUAGUACUCUUGUAAAUAAUGUAAAUUUGACGGCCUCUACAAAAACUACUAUUACAACCAUAACCAGCACAACGACAAGUUCUACCGUUGUGGUCGAUACGAAGAGUCUGCUUGUUCCCACUCAAGCAAUCAGCACAGAAGUCAUACUUUCAAACACGAUUCAAAAAGAGAUGGAAAAGUACAAGGAAUCAUUGAAAAGAAUUUUCUCGUACUACGGACGAUAUGAAGGAGGAGGCUAUGUCACAUUUUCUGAAGAAGAGGAAUGGCACGGAACCAAACCUAAAAAGAUUGAAACCAUGACAGUGAAACAAUUCUUGAGAAUGCUUAAAGAUUUGCUCAUCAUGGACCCUAAGUUAUUGAGCAUGCAUGAAGUGAUUAAAUGUUUCGAAGAGACUUAUCCAGAUAUUGUAACUUUGGAGCCUCAUGAAUCUCUUGAAGAUUUGAAGAAACGACGAAUGGAUGCCAUCAUUACCAGAGAAAUGAUUGUCGAGGAUUAUAUGGAAGCUCUUCGUAAAUGUCUUACCAAACGACUACUCACAAAACUGAAUCUCAAUCAUUCUGAAAUGGAAGAAGAGACAUUUAAAAAGGAAGCAUUCCUUGUGCUGGAUUCAAUGAUCAAACGAUUCGAUCGAAAGCCGUAA